AUGGCCGCCCAAAUAAUCACAAUCAACCCAGAAGCCUUCACAGAAGCCCUAAAAGAACUCCCCCCUCUCAGCCUCUCCGAGCUGCGCAACUCAAUCGCACACCUGCACCGCUCGAACGCCGAGAUGAAGGACUUCCUAGAGGCGUCGCAGUCAGACGAGGAGAGGAGGGAGAUGGAGGGGUAUAUUCGUGAGAAUGAGGGUGUUUUUGCUUCGAUGCGGGAACGGUUGGAUAUGCUUCGGGUUGAGGUUGAGAGGAGGGGGCAGUCGUGGAUUGAGGAGGAGGGAGAUGGUGGUGUGAAGGGGGAGAAGGAGAUCGGUGAUGCGCCGGCUACGAAUGGGGACGCGGGCCAUGACGCUCGGUCUGGGGGUGAUGCGGAGGAGGGUGUUUAUCUUUGA